AUGUCAUUACCAAAUCGAAAAUUAUCCUUAAUAUUCGAAUACGCAUCAAAAGGCAAUUUACAUGAUUACUUGAAAUCAUCCUCAUUAACAUGGCAAGAAAAAUCUAAAUUAUCAAACGAAAUAUUGUUGGGACUGGAAUACUGUCAUGAUAAACAUAUUUUUCAUUUGAACUUGAAAUUAUCAAACAUAUUAAUUAUGGAGGAUGGUACAAUCAAAUUAAUGGAUUUUAAGGUUAAUAAUAAUAAAGGAGAUAAUAAGAGUGAUGUUGAAAAUGGUGUCGAGAGAGAUUCCUUAUAUUGGUUUUCCCCUGAGAGGAUUUGUAAAGAUGAAAAAAUGAGAAUGUGCUUUGAGGAAAAAUCUCAUUUGUCUGAUAUUUAUUCUUGUGGACUUAUUCUUUGGAGCGUUGCAUGCAACGGGAUGAUUCCAUAUGAAAAUAUGGACGAAGAAGAGAUAGAAAAAGAAAAAUCGAACAUUAAUACUAUUCAGGGUUUAGUUGAAAAAAUUUCAAAAGAUUGUCCUGGAGAUUAUCUUGAAACCAUUAAUAAUUUAACAAAGUAUAAUCCUGAAGAACGUUAUUCACUUUCGACGGCAAUUGCCAAAUUACAAUCAAUAUUACAAGAGGAGAAAAUGUCCGAUUCUGAUCAGAUCGUGGGUGAUUCACAAAUAACAUAUGACACCUUCCCUCAAAAUUCAACGAAAUUACAACAAGAGCAAAUUCGACGAGAAUUGCAACGAUCAGGAAUCAUUAAAAUGAAUUCCGAACAAAAGAACAUAGAACAACCACCGGUCAAGAAGGACAAGAUCGACGAAGAAACGUCAAAUCAACCACGUAAUUCGAUUUCUUCUCCAGAUCUUAAACAUUUCGUUGUGAAAUCCUUAUCCGAACAAGAUAAAAAAGAAAGAAGACAUAGUUCAGCAGAAGUGGUUGAAAAUAAUGCGAAAUCAUUUAGAAGAAGUGGGGUUGGAUUUCAAGAGAAUCCAAUUCUUAUAAAUCCAAGGGCAAGUUGUUCCACAAAUAUAAGUUUUUAUUAUCAACCAUCUCAAUUACCGUCACCGUUAUCAAAUUCUUGUUAUAGAAACACUUUAGCAUCAAAUUUAUCCACUAAAUUCACAUCUCCUUUAUCACAUUAUUCAUCAAUAUCAAGUUUAAAUAAUCUCAACCAUAAUAGAGUAGUUGACACGCCUAGUAUUAAUUCGCAAUUUAGUUUUAUUGAGGAACUAUUUGAAUUUUAUCAAUCACAGAUUAGAAUAGAUUUAAUUAGCUUCCCAAAACAAUUUCAAUAUUGGUUAAAAUCGAAACAAUUAAAUCCAACGUCAAUAUUUGAACUAGUCAAAAAUAUUCCAUCGCAAAAAAAUUAUGAAUCAUUGCUUGGGAUGCUUUACGAGAACGGUAUAGGGACAUUACAAAAUAAAAUCUUAGCAUUUCAUUGUUAUACGAUGGGAAAAGACAAUAAUGAUCCAAUAUCAAAAGCUUUACUGGCUAACGCUCAUUUUAUUGGAUGUGGUACCAAAAAAAACAUUAAACAAGCAUUCGCGUUAUGGAAAAAGUAUGCAAACGAAGGGAACAUCUGGUGUCAAUUUAUGUUGGCCGAAUAUUAUUAUAAUAGUACCAUUUCAGUUCAUUGUUUUGGUAAAACGGAUUUGUUGUUUAAAGAUGGUAGUAAGGAAGCAUUUACGUGGUAUAUGAAGUCCGCACAAGGUGGUUAUAUUAGUGCUGAAUAUAAAGUUGGCUGUUGUUAUAAGAAGGGUUUUGGUGCUAUCAAGAGUAGCCUUGCCGCUUUUCAAUGGUAUUUAAAAGCUGCCAUUAAUGGAUUCAUGAUUGCUCAAUAUAAGGUCGCAAAAUGUUAUCAAAAAGAAAUCGAUGGAUAUGGUAAAUAUAACGAAAAGAAGGAUGAAAAUGAAGCGUUUAAAUGGUAUAUAAAAUCUGCUUCUAAUAGGUAUGAAAAGGCAAUGAAAAUUGUUGCCGAAGAAUAUGAAAAUGGAUUUCACGUUGAUAAGGAUUUAGUUGAAGCAAGAAAAUGGUAUGAACUGGCCUUCUUAUUGGAUUUAGAUUGGGCUUGCGCCAAAUUAAAGCAAUGGUGCAAACAAGAUAUUAUUAAAAAUAAUGAUCCGCUAUAUUAUGAGGUUAUGUCGGAGUUUUAG